GUUGAGUUGAAGGAUGAUCAGACGUCACCGGCAUCGUCUCUCCAGUCGAGCAUCCUUUCACCCUCGCGCAGUCCGAACACACCCGGGUGACUCGGAAGCCUCAUCCAUCUGUCCGUCGCUCCGCUCAGCUGGCACGAGAGGAUUCUCCGUCAACAAAAGUAAACAUGACAACAGCGGCUCCUGUCACUGAACCUCUGCAGCAAAAAACCUUCCUGGCGCAGGAUUAUGCCGUCUUUGGUGCCAUGUUGUUGGUUUCCAUGGCGAUAGGAAUCUUCCACGCCAUGAAGAAGAAGCCGAAGAACACCCAAGUUGACGACUUCUUCACGGGUGGCCGGAACAUGUCGCCGGUGCCUGUCGGACUCUCGCUCUGUGCUAGUUUCAUGUCAGCCGUGCAGGUCGUGGGAGUGCCAGCUGAGAAUUUCCGCUAUGGCAUGAAAUUCCUCUACAUGUGCCUGGGUCAGAGUAUCAACGCCGUGCUGACCGCUUACCUGUUCCUGCCGGUCUUCUAUCGCCUCGGCAUCACCAGCACCAACCAGUAUCUGAGGAUGAGAUUCGGGAGAGGAAUGCAGCUGCUGGGAAGCAUCCAGUUCAUUGUAGUGACGCUGCUUUACACGGGAAUUGUCAUCUACGCACCAGCGCUGAUUCUCAACCAAGCGACCGGCCUCAAUAUCUGGGUUUCUCUGUUUUCGUCUGGGAUUAUUUGCACCGUCUACACAACUCUGGGCGGCAUGAAGGCUGUGAUCUGGACAGAUGUUUUCCAAAUUAUUGUGAUGUUAACAGGCUUCGUUGCCAUUUUUGUGCAUGGCGCUCUCCUGGUGGGUGGUCCUGCUCAAGUACUGGAGAUCGCCAGAAAUGCAUCUCGGAUCAAUUUUCACGAGGCGUUUGACUUUGACCCUCGUCAGCGCUACACAUUCUGGAGCCUGACUGUGGGUGGCACCAUGGUGUGGCUGUCCAUGUACGGGGUGAACCAAGCUCAGGUCCAACGCUACAUCUGCUGCAGAACCGAGAAGCAAGCACAACUGGCCAUGUUCAUUAACCAGGUGGGUUUGUGUCUGAUUAUUGGGAGCGCUGCCAUCUGUGGCAUCGUCAUGUUCACCUACUACAUCCAUCGCGAUCCGCUCCGGUGUGGGGAGGUCGCCAGUCCUGAUCUGUACAUGCCGUACUUCGUGCUGGACAUAUUCGAAGACUACCCUGGAUUCCCUGGGCUGUUUCUCGCCUGCGCCUACAGUGGAACUCUCAGCACGGCGUCCACAAGCAUUAAUGCCAUGGCUGCCGUAACCAUGGAGGAUCUGCUGCAACCUUAUCUGCACAACACCAGCCAGAGGAGGAUGGUUCUCAUAUCCAAAGGCCUGUCAUGUCUAUUUGGAGUGGGUUGCAUGACUGUAGCGGCUGUCUCCUCCCUGUUGGAAUGGGGAGUCCUCCAGGGCUCAUUCACAAUCAUGGGUGUGGUCAGCGGUCCAUUACUUGGCAUCUUUAUUUUGGGAAUAUUCAUACCUGCUACCAACAAAGUGGGGGCUUAUGUCGGCAUAUUUGUGGGCUACUGCGUCUCUGUCUGGCUGGCUGUUGGUUCCACCUUGUACCCUCCAAGUGAAAGCGUCAUGGGAGUCCUUCCCAGUGAUGCCAGCCUCUGUGAAGCGAUGAACAUCACCCAAACUUACCACCACCCAGAGAAUGACCACACUGCCUUGAUGCUGCUGCAGCCUGACGACAACAGGGGGGUCCUGCUAAACUUCUACUCCAUCUCGUACCUGUUCUUCGGUGCCACGGCGACCACUGCUGUCGUGCUAGUCGGGGUUAUUGUGAGCUACUUGACAGGGCCGACAGAAAGAGCCGAUAUUCAAAGGGGUUUGUUGCGGUGGGAUAUGGGGAAGCAAACGAAGACCACCGCAGGAAUGAAAAGUGGCCGCAUCACGGUUCUACCUCAGCUCGUGCCGCUGAAAGAUCCUCAGAAGGGCCUCUUGCGCUGAACACACCCGCAGGACUUGGGACAACUCUACCUCUUCAAUGCUUCUCUAGUUCAAGUCCAUCGCUUCUUUGCGGCACACAGCGGCCGAAACAGAAACAGAGCAGACGAGAACCAUGCUGCCCUCUAUACUACUGUCUUCCAUAUAAAACUUCUUUGAUCAGAAAGCACCUUCUGGAAGGUUUGAUAUGUGCGUGUCAGGUACGAGAUGAGGUCCGUUAGGUGAUUAAACUGACUGAAUUCUCUGGUCAACUUUAUUAACUUUUAAUCAUUCUUAAAUCCAAUGUUGUUGUUGUUUUAUUUGCAUGUUCAACCUUAUCAGAAAAAUGUCGAGGGAAUGUUAAAUAUGUGCUAAAAAAGACUUUAUCAUAAAGAUCUGGGGUCAGGUAAAUGGAUGUAUAUUAUUGUUUUUGCUGUGUCAAAUCAAAACAAAAGGCGAACUAAUCACGUGGUGUCUUUUUAUU